AUGCUGCAAGGGAAAGCAGGCGCUAUCCUGGCUGCCGCAGCAUUGUCAAUCAUUCACUUCACAAAAUCAACGACAGCCAGCUAUGCCUUCUAUGUUGGCAAAGACCUCACAGCAGACGGCGGCGUUAUGGUUGGAGGUACAGGCGAAGAAGUCUCGAGCCAUUGGCUCCAAAUCUUCGCUGCCAAAGAUCACGGUCCGAAUGACACCAUCACAGUCGGUGUCACAGGAGAUGCGGUCUUACCAGGAGAGCUCAUCCAGAUUCCUCAAGUCAACCAUACCUUUCGCUAUAUCUCCAUGGAAUACUCGGACUAUGAAGGAUUUCCAGCUCCGCUUACCAAUGGCGGGCUGAGCGAGAAGGGAAUUGCCGUUCGUGAUGUCUGGUCUGAGUCGAGGAGUGAGCUGUGGGAGCUGGCUCAGACAUUGACGCCUCAGAAGGGUCUUCAAUAUAGUGAUCUUGCUCGAGUCGUUCUGGAGCGAGCUAGCACGGCUCGUGAAGGCGUGGAGAUCAUUGGUGACAUGAUUGUAAAGUAUGGCUAUGCGGACUAUGGCGGUAACAGUCAUCUCAUCGCCGACAAGGACGAAGGAUGGGUUGUUAUUGAGUUUGCUGGUGGUCAGAAGCUAUGGGCUGCGGAGCGCUUGCAUUCUAGCGAAGUUCGCGUGCUGUAUCCUGGCUACAUCCAAGACUUCCCGGUCGAUUUUGAGAACAGCACUGAAUAUAUGGGCUCUCCGAACCUGGUCUCUUUUGCCAUCGAGAAAGGCUGGUGGAAUCCCAAUGGCUCUGUUCCGUUCAACAUUUUCAAUGUGUACGGUCUACAAGGGAACUAUUCCGCUAGGGAUGGAGGCUUCAAGUACAUGUCACCGGCAGCUCUGGAAGAUGCUACAUAUGCCAUGGCUCCCGUGACUGAGCAAGACCUGAUUGAACGUGUGCGCGAUUACCGCAUCUCGGACGAUGAAGCAGGCUACGGACAGGUCGUAUCUCUGCGCGAAGGCAUCGAUGCAGACCUUCUGCGGAUUUGGAUUGCUCCGACAGGGUCUGUGACAGCACCUUUCAACCCGUGGUGGCUUGGCGUGAACAGCGUCUUGGCAGAAUACUCCGAACAUCGCUAUCUGACAGACGAAGCAUCUUCUUCCUUCCUGAAUCCCGACUUCCAGUAUGAAGAGGCUACUCACUUCGCCGGACGAGUCUUCAAGCAGAUCCUCUACUACACGUGCUCUGACCCACACAAAUAUCUUCCAAUUGUCCAAGAAGUUGUUCAUGGGCUCGAGAACGCUUCACGGACAGAUGUCGAGCUAUAUGAGAAGGCUGCAAAGCUUUUGAUUGAAGCAGGCGAUCGUGAUGGAGCGAAACAAUUGCUCACAACGUACUCGCAUGCGCGGGCAACGGAAGCAUUGAGUACGGGUCGUGUGCUUGUAGAUGCAUUGGAUGCAUACGUCAAGCUUACUGGCCGAUCCCGAGCGCCGACUGGCUCUCAGAUCAAUGAUUCUGGAGAAGGCAAUGAGACGGUAAACUGUUUGGUCGGUGCAGAUCCAGAUCAACCGAUUUGGAAACAGCCGCAGCAACCCUUGCGAAGAAAGAGAUUUUCCAAAGCAAGGCCUAGGAUGUGA